GCACCAUGCAUGCCGUGUCGUCAAAGUUGCUUUUGUGUGAAGGACUUUUUGAGUUUGCUUUUUUUUCCUAGUUUCAAAACUGAACAACUGUCAUUGUGAUGUAAAUUAACGUUCGAGGUUCACCCUACCCUCCCAUUUGGAAGGAAUCCUAUUCAUGGAGAGUUCUGGAGGUGACAUCAAGGAUGUUAGACAUCAAUAUGAAGGCGCUUUAGUGAUUCUUGAUGCAGGAGCGCAGUAUGGAAAAGUAAUUGACCGGCGUGUGAGAGAACUCUUUGUACAGUCAGAAAUCUUGCCGUUAGAGACACCUGCUUUUGCAAUCAAAGAAAAUGGUUUUCGAGCCAUCAUCAUAUCUGGGGGGCCAAGUUCAGUCUAUGCAGAAGAUGCUCCCUGGUUUGAUCCAGCAAUAUUUACAAUUGGGAAACCUGUUCUUGGAAUCUGCUAUGGCAUGCAGAUGAUGAAUAAAGUUUUUGGAGGUACAGUGCAAAGAAAAAAUAUGAGGGAAGAUGGUGUGUUUACAAUCAAUGUGGACAAUAGUUGUUCGUUAUUCAGAGGUCUACAGAAAGAUGAGCUUGUGUUGCUCACUCAUGGUGACAGUGUGGAUAAGGUGGCUGAAGGCUUCAAAGUUGUUGCACAGUCCGGAAAUAUUGCAGCAGCAAUAGCAAACGAAUCAAAGAAGCUCUAUGGUGUUCAGUUUCAUCCAGAAGUUGACCUGACACAGCAUGGAAAAGAUAUUUUGAAGAAUUUCUUAUUUGACAUAGCCGGUUGCAGUGGAACAUUCACAGUCCAGAAUAGAGAAGCAGAAUGUAUACGAGAAAUACAAAGGACGGUUGGACAUUCCAAAGUUUUGGUUUUACUGAGUGGAGGUGUAGAUUCUACUGUUUGCACAGCCUUGUUGAAUAAGGCUCUGAACCAGGAUCAAAUUAUCGCUCUUCACAUAGACAAUGGUUUCAUGCGGAAGAGAGAGAGCCAGUGUGUGGAAGAAGCUUUGAGGAAACUUGGUAUUAAAGUCAAAGUGGUUAAUGCUGCACAUGCAUUCUACAAUGGGACAACAACUCUUCCAAUUUCGGAAGAAGACAGAACCCCCAGAAAAAGAAUAAGUAAAACCCUAAAUAUGACGACAAACCCAGAAGAGAAAAGAAAAAUAAUUGGGGAUACUUUUGUGAAGGUUGCAAAUGAAAUAAUUGGGGAAAUGAAUCUGAAACCUGAAGAAGUCUACCUUGCCCAAGGUACUUUGAGGCCAGAUUUAAUUGAAAGUGCAUCUAUAGAAGCAAGUGGGAAAGCAGAUGUCAUCAAAACUCAUCAUAAUGACACAGAAUUAAUAAGAAAAUUGAGGGAAGAGGGUAAAGUGAUAGAGCCUCUGAAAGAUUUUCACAAAGAUGAAGUCAGGGCAUUAGGCAGAGAACUGGGUCUUCCUGAAGAUAUUGUUUCAAGGCAUCCAUUUCCAGGCCCAGGUCUUGCCAUUAGAAUAAUAUGUGCUGAUGAGCCUUAUAUUUGCAAGGACUUUGCAGAAACUAACAACAUUCUGAAAAUAGUAGCUGAUUUCUCUGCUAGUGUGAAAAAGCCACACACUUUACUUCAGAGGGUCAAGUCCUGUACAACUGACGAAGAACAAGAAAAAUUGAUGCAAAUUACAAGUCUGCAUUCGCUCAAUGCCUUCUUGCUGCCGAUUAAGACUGUUGGAGUACAGGGUGACUGCAGAUCAUAUAGCUAUGUUUGUGGUUUAUCUAGUAAGGAUGCACCACACUGGGAUUCUCUCAUGUUCUUGGCCAGGCUUAUUCCACGAAUGUGUCAUAAUAUUAACAGAGCUGUGUACGUUUUUGGACCACAGAUCCGAGAACCCGUUACAGAUGUAACACCGACUUUUCUAACAACCGGAGUGCUUAGCACACUUCGGCAGGCAGACUUUGAGGCUCACAACAUUCUUAGGGAAUCUGGUUUCUCUGGAAAAGUUAGUCAGAUGCCAGUUAUUUUAACUCCAUUGCAUUUUGACCGUGAUCCACUCCAAAAACAACCAUCCUGCCAGAGAUCUGUAGUUAUUCGGACCUUCAUUACCAGUGAUUUCAUGACUGGCAUACCAGCAACUCCUGGUAACCACAUUCCUGAAGAGGUUAUUUUAAAAAUGGUGAGAGAAAUCAAGAAGAUACCUGGAAUCUCCCGUGUCAUGUAUGACUUGACCUCAAAACCACCUGGAACCACGGAAUGGGAGUGAAUAAAAUAAUUUCUUUCUCUGAACACAUUCCCAAUAUUAACAGUACAGUGAAAGUGUAAAUGGAGCAGAUACUUUGCACUUUUUUUGUUAAACCCUCACCAACCUUGGAGCCUUAUAUGUAAUUCAUUGUUGUGCAAGGACACAUUUUGGUGGUCUAAGGAUAUGUUGGGGUAAAUGAAUUUAGCAUCAGAUUGUCCUGGUAAAAUGUUCAGCUUUUGUUGUGUUUUGGUGUCCUCUAAAUUAUUUUCAUAUUCUAAAAUUAAUUUCAUUUACAGUACAUUUACUUAAGCCAUUGCCAUUGUGUCAUUGCAAAACUUAAUUAUUGGUGUGACCAAUUUUCUUGAUCAGAUCCUUUACAAGUAUUUUGCCAAAUAAAAGAUUGUUUUGAUAACAUUUAAGUGUGUCCCAGUCUGUAUAAAAUUCUUGAUGGCUUAUAAUUGCAUUGUUCUAGAUGAACAAGUUACUAGCUGAUGACCUGAUGAAGGGUCUUGGCCCAAAACGUUGACUGCUUAUUCUUUUCCAUAGACGCUGCCUGACUUGCUGAGUUCCUCCAGCAUUUUGUACAAAGUUACCAGCUGUUUGGUUUUUCUUAGAAGUGACUGAAAAGAAUGCACUUCUGACUUUAAUGGGCUAUUGAACUUUUGAAGUGUUUUAUUUUUGCCAAAAAUCCUGAACACGUACAUGUUUUAGGAAGUAUAUUAGCAGCUAACUUUAUUGUAAUGUACAUAUUUCCUAAUUUGGGUGAACAAAUAUAUAUUUGGUGUAUGAGGAUUAGCAUUUUCCAAAAGCAGCCUUUUUAAUGUAUCAUUUGACAAUUUUACAUCUAUUUUAUGAACUGAACUACUUAUUUCAUUCUGUGAAAUAAUUUCACUUUGAUACCUGUCUUGAUAAGUUUAUUAAUGUGCUAAUUGUUUGUUGCCUUAAUUUGAUCACUUGCAUAUCCCAAUCAGAAUUUGUAAUUUAUUGUAAACUUUGUCAAAUUAAUGAACUGAUCAGACAGUUUUGAAAUUUCCAUGCAGCAUUAACUUUGUUAUUAGCAUAAUGUAAAGGAUUUCUUGUUUUGAGUUUACUACUGAAGUAUUCAUGAAAAUCUAGUCUGUUUUGGCAGAAUUCCAACUGUUUGCCCCCCACAAUAGCUCUAUCAAUUUGUCAUGAGCAGAAUUUUGCAAGUUCAAAAAAAAACUUAAUCCACCUACCUGGAUGUUUCUAUGCAUUAUUUAACUUAAAUUGUGUUUAUGCAUACUUGUGUAACCAAAUUUUGUGACUAAACCUCUAAGAUACAGACUUGUAAGUAGAUUGAAUAAAUUGUUUAUUUAAGUUGCUUUAGCAUUCACCUGCUUGAAAAAGCAGAACCAGCACCAAAGAUUUUAUUUGUGAGGUAAUUUUCAGUUUACUUCAGUUAGUACUGCAAGUGUUUGUACAUCACUGUAAAAAUCAGUAAUUUUAUGCUGAUGUGUCUGAACAAUCUGACAACCAUGUUGAAACUGCCAUUUUAUAACAGCUAGGUUAUUCAUCAUGCUUCUGAUGCAAAGGUUUUUAUUUUGGGUGGGUAUAGGGAAUCAUGAUUUGUAUUAUGGCUGCAAGAGAUUAUUCAUCCAAAAAGGCCUUGUUUAAAAUUUCUGGUAUAGUUCCUUAAAAACAAAAUGCCUAAAUCACAACAUUUGUCAGUACUCCUGUCAGUUUUUCCCUCUCUAGUUAGUUACAUGUUCAAAUUUUAUAGUAGGCACAAAGUCAGAAUUUUGUAUUCAAGUGGUAUGCCACCAGUGUUGAGAAAAAUCUAAGUUCAAGUGAGUGAAACGAUCAUUAAAAAUGAUUGACCAACAAUGUUGUUCUGGGAUCUACAUAUUAAAUAAUUAAGUGAAACAAACUGCUUUCUAAAGCAAGAAAAUGAUUAUUUUUGAAGUAAGAGUCAAAGACAUACAUUCAUUUUGCAUCUUUGCUGGAAAUGAGAUCUGUUGGUCAACAUGCAAAUAACUUGUGACUUAAGUCAGUGUAUAAAUAUAUAUAUAUAGGUGCUGCUGUAAAUAUUUUUAGUAUUUCAUUUUAUUGCAUGCAUAUUUCCUAUCUACAGAUUAUGUUUAUUGUUGCAUCUCAAUAAAGUAUAGUAUUAAAAUGU